AUGGCUAUUGCAAAAGAAAUCAUCGACUUCUCAAACGAUACAUCGGAUUCAUUCGUAGAGAACUACUACAAAGUUACAGACUAUCAAAGGGAGAAUCUAAAGGAGUUUUAUAAUGACAGUUCUGCUGUAGUAUGGAAUGGUACACCAAUACAAGGUUUAGAUAGUCUAGACAAUUUAUUCAGAAGUCUACCGAUAACGUUGCAUGAGAUACAAAGCUGGGACUGCCAUCCUAUUCAAGAUGUGAGCACAAAUGAGCUAUCAUCCAUCUUACUAAACGUUAAUGGUUUGGUAUCGAUCGGUAAACAAUCAAUAAACGAGUUUAAAGACGGUAAAACACUCGGUAAACAUAAGAAUAAAGAUAUCGUAUUACUACCAAAAACAUUCAAGAAAUUAUAGCGUAUUUUAUAUUAAUUAAAGCUCUAGCUGAUUGCUUUAGAUAUGUUGGUUAGAAUAUUAAAACUUUGGUGAUCUUGCUUCUCCUAUCACGGCCUUUUUACCGCCGUACUUCCUCAACUUAGCAAGCUG